UUCGGAUCAAACGGCACAUCGCGGAGGUCACGCGGAGUGUUUGCGUGGUAUCAGCAUGGUUGUGUUGUGUCCUGCUGUUCUGUUGUGUGUGAAUGGAUUUUUUAGUAAUCUCAGGCCGGCUGAGCCUUUCCUUACCGCCUUCCUGAUAGGACCAGACAAAAACCUGACAGAGACCCAGGUUGUCAAUGAAAUCUACCCAGUAUGGACAUAUUCCUACCUGGUGUUGCUGUUCCCCAUCUUUCUCGCCACUGACUACCUCUGUUAUAAGCCUGUGUUGAUCUUGCAGUCUGCUAGUUUGGUCAUCACCUAUACUAUGCUGCUGAAGGCCCAGGGAAUGCUGGCCAUGCAGGUUUUAGAAUUUGUGUUUGGUUUGGCCACAGCCUCUGAGGUGGCCUACUACUCCUACAUCUACAGUGUGGUGGACCCUGUGCACUACCAGAGAGUGACAAGUUACUGCCGCAGUGUCACUCUCUUUGGUUCAGCAGCUGGCUCGCUGGCUGGUCAGCUUCUCCUCUCAGUGUUCAACGUAGCAAUGCUGCAUCUUUUCGUCACCACUUUGGCAUCAGCUGCAGUGGCCUUUGUUGCUUCCUGGUUUCUUCCCAUGCCUAAGAGCAGCUUGUUUUUCCAUAAGAGUCCAGGCAUGGCGGAGGGAAGGCCACACAGUCACAGUGGAUCCUCUGUGGACAAUCUUGAAGAUUCAGAAGGCAAAAUGCAGCUUUACAAAGAUGUUUACAUGGAGUGCAGAGGCUCAGUGGGAGAAAAAUGGAGCAAUGUGCUUAUGAAGGUGUUGCGGAUGCUGCUGGAUGACUUCCUGCAGUGCUAUAGAUGUCCUUCUCUGCUGGCCUGGUCGUUGUGGUGGGCACUGGCUACCUGUGGCUACUUCCUGGUCAUCAACUAUGUUCAAGUGCUGUGGGAAAAUAUUCGUCCAUCCCAGGACUAUGAAAUCUACAAUGGCUAUGUAGAGACGCUGUCCACACUGCUUGGGGCACUGACAGCACUUCUGGUUGGCUGUGUUCCAGUCCGCUGGGCAUUGUGGGGGGAACUCUCCCUGUGUGUCUUCUCCCUACUGAUGGCAAUGUGUGUUUUUGUCAUGGUUACCUUGAGGAACAUCUGGCUGUGUUACAGCUCGUACAUUCUCUUCAGAGUCACCUACAUGCUGCUCAUUACUGUUGCAACAUAUCAGAUUGCUGCCAACCUGAAUAUGCAGCGCUAUGCCUUGGUAUUUGGGGUGAAUACCUUCUUAGCUUUGCUCCUGCAGUCUCUGCUGACUGUAGUUGUAGUGGACUCUGCUGGUCUUGGCCUUGAUGUCUUCACUCAGUUCCUCAUCUAUGGGGGCUACUUUGCUGUAGUUUCUGUGGUCUUCUUCCUUGCUGGGCUUUACAGACUGGUCUACAAGAGGCACUGUGAUCAAGAGAUCCUGACCCACAUCCAAGCAGAAACAGAAUGUGAAUCUCCUCACACUGUUGCUAGCAAAUAAGGACAGCCAGUAGUUUGUUAGACAGUAAAGCACUUUACAUAAUCACACGGUAAGUUUGAGUGUCAUCAUGCUGUCACUCUGUGUCGUGACUGUAGGCUGUGUGCCUUAUCCAUUUCCUUCCUUCACUGUUUUUGUGACCUAUCCACUCAAAAAGUGAUGCUGUGACACAGAGUACUGUGCAAACAUUCCAUGUCUAUUUAAUGUGCAGAAAAUAAUUUAAAACAAUAAAAAGAUGGUAAGUAUUUAUUGUUUGUCAAUAAAAAAAUGAAAUAUGAUUCCUUCACA